AUGCCUUUAGGUCAAAUGCCUGUUCUUGAAGUCGAUGGCGUUCAACUACCACAAUCAGCAGCAAUUGGUCGUUUUCUUGCUAAAAAAUUUCAUCUCGCUGGCAAAGACGAUUUCGAACAAGCAGAAGCCGAUGCUGUCGUAGAUACAAUCUAUGAUAUCAUGAAAGCAUAUUCACCCAUUUCGCAGGAGCAAGACGAAUCGAAAAAACAAGAAUUGACAAAAAACUUCUUUGUGGAACAAUUACCAAAACAUUUACAAAAUCUUGAAAUUCUUGGUAAAUUAUAUGGACAUAGUGGUGAAUACUUUGUGAACAAUCAGCUGACCUGGGCCGAUCUAUUCUUUCACACAUUUGGCGAAACUCUUCUCGGAGUAGACGAACACAUAUUGAACAAUCAUCCAUGGCUAAAGCAAAAUCGUACAGAAGUGGAAAAACAUCCUCGAAUUGCCGAAUAUCUCAAGAAUCGACCUAAAUCACUAUUUUAA